AUGGCUCUGUUUAAUUACUUGUCAAGUUGUCCGUCUGGGGCUGGAGGCUCCUUGUCUGUCUUAGAGGCUUCUGGGACUUCAGUAUGCCCUGGCACAGAGAAUAAACUGAGUACUCUGUCAGACCUGGACCAGCAGUAUCGAACCCUUCGUAAAUACUAUGAGAACUGCGAGGUGGUGAUGGGUAACCUGGAGAUCACCAGCAUCGAUCGCAGUCGUGACCUGUCCUUUCUUAGGUCCAUUCGUGAGGUGACAGGAUAUGUGCUUGUGGCGCUGAAUCAGUUUGAGUAUCUGCCCCUGGAGAAUCUGCGCAUCAUCCGCGGCACCAGACUGUAUGAAGACCGCUACGCCCUGGCCAUCUUCCUCAACUACCGCAGAGACGGCAACUUCGGUCUCCGUCAGCUUGGCCUUAAGAAUCUCACAGAAAUUCUGAAUGGAGGGGUGUAUGUGGACCAGAACAAGUUCCUGUGUCAUGCCGAUACCAUCCACUGGCAGGAUAUAGUGAAGAGCGCUCGCCCUGAUCACCUGGUUGUGCCAUCCAAUAGCAGCAGCUCAUGUCAGAGAUGUCAUAGAGGAUGUAAUGGACGCUGUUGGGGGCCAAAGGAGAACCAGUGUCAGAGCUUGACGAAGACGGUGUGUGCCGAGCAGUGUGAUGGCCGAUGUUUUGGGCCGUACGUCAGUGACUGCUGUCAUCGCGAGUGUGCUGGAGGCUGUUCAGGACCGAAGGACACGAACUGCUUCGCCUGCACUAAUUUUAACGACAGCGGUGCGUGUGUGACGCAGUGCCCUCAGCCCUUCGUCUACAACCCCACCACGUUCCAGCUGGAGCACAACCCACGGGCCAAAUACACAUAUGGAGCAUUCUGCGUCAAAAAGUGCCCACAUAACUUUGUGGUGGACCACAGCUCCUGUGUCAAAGCCUGUCCCAGCAACAAGAUGGAGGUGGAGGAGAACAGAAUCAAGAUGUGCAUCCCCUGCACUGAUAUUUGCCCAAAAGCAUGCGAUGGGAUCGGCACUGCUAGCCUUCAGACGGCUCAAACCGUCGACUCCAGCAACAUAGACAGGUUCAUCAACUGCACCAAGAUCAACGGAAACCUGGUGUUCCUCAUCACAGGCAUUAAAGGGGACGUAUACCACAACAUAGAGCCCCUGGAUCCAGAAAAACUCAACGUGUUCCGCACCGUUCGAGAGAUCACCGGCUUUCUAAACAUUCAAUCCUGGCCAGAAAACAUGACUGAUCUGAGUGUCUUCUCCAGUCUGGUAACCAUCGGAGGCAGGUCUCUCUACAGUGGCAUCUCUCUUCUGGUGCUAAAGCAGCAGUGGAUUUCCUCACUGAAGCUGCAGUCUCUCAGUGAGAUCAGUGCUGGAAACGUGUACGUCACCAACAACAGUCAACUCUGCUACUACAGCACCGUCAACUGGACGCGACUCUUCCGCACCAACACCCAGAAGGCCCUGAUCCGCAACAACCGCGACCCCAAGGAAUGCAUUUUGGAUCAUAUGGUAUGUGACCCGCUGUGCUCUGAUGCUGGUUGCUGGGGUCCGGGGCCCGACCAGUGCCUGUCCUGUCGGUUCUUCAGCAGGGGACGUACCUGUGUCGAAUCCUGCAACCUGCACGAAGGGGAUGUACGCGAGUUCGCAAAUGGUUCAGUGUGUCUGGAGUGCGAUGCGCAGUGUGAGGUGGCGGAUGACGACGGUCUUACCUGCACUGGAUGCACAGGACCUCGUCUGCAAGACUGCAUUGGCAUGAUGGACAGGACUCCCCUCAUUGCGGCUGGGGUUAUUGGAGGAUUGUUUGUGGUGAUUAUCGUGGGCCUGAGUGUUGCCGUAUCAGUGAGAAGGAAGAGCAUCAAGAAGAAGAGAGCCUUGAGACGCUUCUUGGAGACUGAGUUGGUGGAGCCUCUGACGCCCAGCGGUGCGGCCCCAAAUCAAGCCCAAUUGCGUAUUCUGAAAGAGACCGAGCUGAAAAGGGUGAAGAUCCUGGGAGCCGGGGCCUUCGGCACCGUUUACAAGGGCAUCUGGGUACCUGAGGGCGAGACUGUGAAGAUUCCUGUUGCCAUAAAGAUCUUGAACGAGGCGACAGGCCCAAAAGCCAAUGUAGAGUUCAUGGAUGAGGCUCUGAUCAUGGCCAGCAUGGAGCAUCCUCACCUGGUGCGGUUAUUGGGUGUGUGUCUGAGCCCCACCAUUCAGCUGGUGACUCAGCUCAUGCCCCACGGCUGUCUGCUGGACUACGUGCACGAGCACAAAGACAACAUUGGCUCCCAAUUACUGCUCAACUGGUGUGUUCAGAUCGCCAAGGGUAUGAUGUACUUGGAGGACAGGAGACUUGUGCACAGGGAUCUGGCUGCUCGGAACGUCCUAGUGAAGUCACCCAACCAUAUAAAGAUCACUGACUUCGGUCUGGCUCGCCUUCUGGAUGCAGAUGAGAAGGAAUACAAUGCAGACGGGGGCAAGAUGCCUAUAAAAUGGAUGGCUUUGGAGUGCAUCCACUAUAGGAAAUUCACCCAUCAGAGUGACGUAUGGAGUUACGGAGUGACUAUCUGGGAGCUGAUGACAUUCGGAGGAAAGCCGUAUGAUGGAAUCCCAACCCGAGAGAUUCCUGACCUGCUGGAGAAAGGAGAGAGGCUUCCUCAACCUCCCAUCUGCACUAUUGACGUCUACAUGGUCAUGGUCAAAUGCUGGAUGAUAGAUGCAGACAGCAGACCCAGAUUUAAGGAGCUUGCAGCAGAGUUCAGCCGAAUGGCAAGAGAUCCACAACGUUACCUAGUCAUCCAGGGGGACGACCGCAUGAAGCUGCCCAGCCCCAAUGACAGUAAGUUCUUCCAGAGUCUGCUAGAUGAGGAGGAACUGGAGGAUCUGAUGGAUGCCGAGGAGUAUUUGGUGCCACAAACCUUCAGUAUUCCUCCACUGGCAUACACAACCAGAUCACGCAUGGACCCCAACAGAAACCAGUUUGCGUACCAGGACGGCAGCUUCGGCAUGGAGGAGAUGAUGGCCACUAUCCCGCGGGUUGUGGCUGUGUCCGCGGUCAGCCCAGGCUGUUCUGGUCAGAAGCAAUCUAUGAUCCAGCAGGGGGCAUCGGGAUCCUCUGAGGCAUUUGAAGACAGCCGCUGUAAUGGCACUCUGAGGAAGAAGGCUUCACCCAGGGCGAGCACCGGGGAGGACAGCAGUGGCCAGCGCUACAGCGCAGAUCCAACUGUGAUACUGUGUGAGCGUGGAGCAAGAGCUGAGACCGACCAGGAUGGAUACAUGAGCGCCAUGCAGGACAAAAAGCCCUCAGAUUAUCUCAUCCCUGUGGAGGAGAACCCUUUUGUCACCCAUCGCAGAAACGGAGAGGUCCACACACUCGAGCGAGGUUACCACAGUACCUCCAACGGGCAGCCCAAAGUGGAGGAUGAGUAUGUCAAUGACCCGUUGUACCUCAACACCUUCCAUAACUCUGGGGAAAAGAGUCACGACGUAUUGAGGAAGAACGGAGUCCCUGUGGCGCACACGGCAGCAGCAGCAGCAGUAGUAGCAGCAGCAGCAAAUAGUGGAACUUCCACCAGCCAGAACCUUUCCCAAACAAUGCAGCCAGCGGCAUCCAAUGCCCACGUCACAACACAGCCACUCUACCAAGGCAAACAAAGCAUCUCCACCCUCUCAGGCCACACCCUCCACUCUGCCCAUCCCGGACACCCCCUCCACCCGAUGCACACCCUCCAUCCCGCUCACUCCGGGACCAUCAAGGCCGACAUAAAGCCCAAAAAGACAUUUGACAAUCCUGAGUACUGGCAGCACAGUCUUCCCCCCAAGGCCACUCUCCACAACCCCGAGUAUCUGCAGGACUGCAGCACACGCUUCUUCUACCGGCAAAACGGGCGGAUCCGACCCGCCGUGGCUGAGAACCAGGAGUACCUGUCCGAGUAUGCACUAAAACCGGGCACCGUGUUGCCACCUCCUCCCUACCGCCAGAGAAACACUGUUGUGUAGCAACAAUGACCAAGACAAACAAGAAAAGUUGGAGGUAAAGAGAGAGUCAUAGUGUGUUCUCACCCUGGCUCUCACACCAGCAUCCCGAUCUCUCCGCUCCUCUCUGAACUGGAUUUAACACCCAACCUCCAAUGACCUGGAACUGAUCCACUUGAGUGAUUUUCUCUUCCAGAGGCAUUGGUCACAGAUGGCAACAUCAAUCAAAGCUCCUUCCUGCUUGUCUCUCCUCACUUCAAUCACCAUUAAGACCUGUUUCCCCUAUCUGAGCCCAACUCUUCCCAGCAUUUGGUAGAUGCUACACUCAUCUCAUUGAAAGCAAGUACUGACGUUGACAUGCAACAUGGGUUGAUCCAAUAGCAGAGAGGAGUCAUUCUUUUGUGCAAUUACAGAAAUGUUUAUCAUUUAUCUUGUUUUGGGAUUUUGUUUUGAAGCUACGAUAAGAUCUGCUGUAAUUUAUGACUUCGGAUAGCAUAGUUUAUUUUAGCACUCCAUACAUGAUUUUAUGAGGCAGAUGUGUUGUAUGCAAAUCCAUCGUAUUGGGAAUAUCGUUGUGGGCCUUGGGACAAAAGGGCCCAAAAUGGUCCUCAAUGUCGCCUACUGAUUGAGACUGAAAAAAAGUAAGCGACAGGCCUGCCUGUACACUACAUGCUGUUAUAUACAACAAAACAUGUUCAUUACAGCAUGGUGUCAACUGGGACCUUUGAUCACCACCUUCUCGAAUGGCACAUCUUCAAAAGACACAAUGUGUAAUGUUCUGUUCAAAAUAUCUGCAUAAUUCAACUGCACAUGUAUUGCUCAAACAAGGCAUUUUUUAUUACUUCUAUUGAGCCAUUCUUCAUUUUUGAUUCUUAAGUAAGACUGGAAUGAUUGCCAACUGGAAACAGUCCUGCGGUCCAUAUUAUACGCCUGUAAAACUACACGUGUAAAGGCAACUUGAUGAAGACAAGCGCUCCACGCUGAGAACAGUAUCAGCACGCAUAUGAACGAGUCCGUACUGCAGCCCUCCACAAAAUCAAUAACUUCAUAAAAGCAGAUCUGCAACAGUCUACUGUAAUAAAGUUUUUAUUGUUGAUCUAGCCAGCAUUGAUCGGUAUGCUCACAAAGUUGUCACCUUAAGGUAGCCUUCCUUAUUUUGUCAUUUAAUGUGUGGAACGAAAACCCAGAUUGGGUCUACCUUGAACUUUAGAAGCUAAAAUCAAUACUAGAGACCAAGAGCAUCCAUGUAGAUGGACGUACAGUGUUGAACGGAUAUUUACACAGCUACAGAGGCCCAGGUUUGUACGGAAGACUCGACAGCACACAACGCCUGGCUCCUCUUCUUAAAUAUGGCCGGAAAACUGUUAGAACUAUUUUAAACUUCACCCACAUGCGAGUCAAUAAGAUGUACAAGACUUGCGAUUAAGAUGGCAGCUUUUUCUAGCUGGGUUCAUUAAAACUGCAACAGUGAGGGACGUUUUGAAAUCAAGAAGGCAGGAGUACCAUCAUGCAGUACCAUGAGGAACAAAUGAGAGCGUACGAAUGGAUUAUUUGCCCCCGAGGUCAGAGAUGAGACUGCCUCAAAUCUGUCAACUCCAUUUGAACUGUCUCCCAUAAUGACUUUUCUAUAAGAAGCGUCUCAUGGAGCUACACGGAUAGGAAUUUAGGAAGAUAACGCAGCUUAUUUGGGCAUGUUGUUCUCCUCAAAUGGUGGAAAACAACUUUGCUACAUCUUCGGUAAAACCACGCCAUCCAGGUUUCUAUGGCUAGAUUGUGUAUAGUUUUGAACACUGCCAGUCACUAUGCUUUUCUGUUAAGGGGAAUAAUAAUGUUGUUGUGUUGCUUGGUUGGAGAUGUUUUAUAGCACUUAACAGCCUGGCACAGCCACAUGAGUUUGUUUUAAACACCAACGGCACUGAUUGAAUACUCAUUUAUUAUAAUCAUAGCUACAUGACGAUAGCAAACACCACCCGCCCACAUACGUUUGUUUUGCUCUAUCAUUUUUUUUUCCUUUGUAUGUUUUUUUUUGUGCUUAUGAAUAUGAAGGUUUAUGGUUACAUGGAGCACUUUAAUUAAUGAACAUAACAAAGAUAGAGCAGAAUUCUUUUCAUUGUGGGAAUUGCUGUUCCCAUGUGAUAACAGAUUUGACAAAUUACAUUUUUGGCUCUCUACUGGAAACAAAAUCAGGGAAUGUUAGUGGCGCGCAGUAAUUUUGCCAAACACGGAUGUUUACUAAUUGAAGUAUUUAUCUCAAGCUUUUAUUCUUAAA